UGUAGUACGUAGCUUCGAUUACACCGAAUAUUUUCUUCAAAGCUUAUUUACGACGUUUCUCAUUGUCUAUGCUGUAGAUACGCAUCCCGAGCGAUACAUACGGUGUAAAGCUUUUAGUGACAAAUGUGUAGUAAAAAUGAAGGAAAACGCCGUACUUAAGUGGCAAAAAGUAUACAAUCCUACCGGCCCGCAGCCACGACCUCGCCAUGGCCAUCGCGCGGUCGCCAUAAAAGAUUUGAUGAUAGUUUUCGGCGGCGGAAACGAAGGGAUAGUUCAUGAACUUCACGUCUUCAACACCACCACAAACCAAUGGUUCGUUCCUGUCACAAAGGGAGAAGUGCCCCCAGGAUGCGCCGCCUACGGCUUCGUGGUCGACGGGACGCGUCUCCUCGUUUUUGGCGGCAUGGUGGAGUACGGCAAGUAUUCUAACGAUCUGUACGAACUGCAGGCCUCGCGGUGGGAAUGGAAGCGUCUCAAGCCCCUACCUCCCAAGCAGGGUCUCCCGCCGUGUCCCCGCCUGGGCCACAGCUUUACCCUGCUCAAUGGAAAGAUAUACCUGUUUGGUGGAUUGGCCAAUGAGAGUGACGACCCCAAGAAUAACAUCCCCAGGUACCUCAAUGAUUUGUAUACUUUAGAGCUGUACCCAAAUUCUUCAAUGACAGUAUGGGACAUACCACUAACAUACGGACAAUCUCCGCCGCCACGCGAAUCUCACAGUGGAGUCUCCUACACAGACAGAAACAGUGGGAAAUCAUCCCUGAUCAUCUACGGAGGUAUGAGCGGGUCCCGCCUCGGCGACCUCUGGGUGCUCGACGUGGACAGCAUGUCAUGGUCUCGCCCUGAAGUAGGUGGCCCACCACCCCUGCCCCGCUCCCUGCACACUGCCACAGUGAUCGGCCAUCACAUGUAUGUCUAUGGUGGGUGGGUACCACUUGUACCCGAUGAAUCUAAGCUUGCCACACAUGAGAAAGAAUGGAAAUGUACUAACACACUCGCUUCACUCAACCUCGAGUCAAUGACAUGGGACAAUAUUGCCUUGGACAAGUUCGAAGAGUGUGUUCCACGAGCUCGAGCAGGUCACAGUGCUGUGGCCAUUCAAACUAGAUUGUAUAUUUGGUCAGGAAGAGAUGGCUACCGGAAAACUUGGAACAAUCAGAUUUGCUGCAAAGAUCUGUGGUACCUGGAGGUUGGAGUGCCUCCUCAAGCAAACCGCGUGGCGCUCGUGCGCGCCGGAACCACGUCCCUGGAACUGUGCUGGCCUGCUAUGAACACAGUCACCACGUUCUUGCUUCAAGUACAGAAAUGCGGCAAGGUCACGCCUGCUCGCUUCCCAACAACUGCAGAACCCCUGACUGCUCCACCACCAGCGUCGCCAGUCGCAAGCCAGCCCGAUGCCAGCAAAGCAUUCGGCAUCACGUCUCCAGUCGCCAGCGGCUUGCCGCCAGCCGCAGAAGCCGCCCGCCCUACGCCCACUAUCUCUUCGCCAGCUCCGGCACCAGUGUCAACUCCACAGAAAAUCGUUCCGACACCUAUUAAGGUUCCCGCGCAGGCUGCCGUCAAAAUAACACCUAACACUCCAACAUUAAAACAAACUACGUACCAGACAAAGACCGUAGUGAAAUCUCCUGCGACAGCGACAGCAGGCUCCUCACAGCAAAUCAAGGUAGCCGCCGUGACGCCGCAGGGCGUGACCAGGAUCGUGAGCGGCGUCGGGACGCCGGGCACGGUGCGCGUGUCUACGUCGCAGUCCAACGCACAGAUCGUGCUGAGUUCGGCGACGGCGGGCGGCGGCUCCACUCCGCGAUUCGUGCAGGUGAAGACUGGCUCAAGCGGUGCCGUACCAGUCAAACUCGGCGCUGGCAACAUGCCCGUUAAACUAGCCGGCAACGCGGUACCUCUUAAAAUUGGUACGGCUAACCUCCAGGGCAAGAUAACUACUAACAGCGUGCAGAAAGUUGGUCAAAUGGGCACAUCAAAUGUGCCUCUAAAACUGGGCCCUGGCAAUGUUAAAAUAGGCACAAGUAACGUACUCGUUAAGACAGCAGGUGGCGUUCCGAUUCAAGCUGGCGUUGCCAAUUUACAGACAAAAGUUGCUGCUGGUGUGCCAGUCAAACUUGGCGCGGGUAACCUUCCCGUCAUAGCGAGCAGUGGCGGCGCGAUACAGAUCGCAGGCAGCGCGCUCGGCGGCCAGCAGGUGAAGACGCCUGUAUACAAGAUCGUGACCGCCAAGUCCGGAGAGCAAGCAGCCACCUCGACCACGAGCGUGGUGGCGGGAGGCGCCACCGUGCUGCGGCAGGCGGGCGGUAACGCCGGUAUUCCUGUCAUCAUCAAGAAGACGCCCGGCUCCAAUGCACAGUCGAGCAAUGCGCCGCAGUAUGUGACUCUGGUGAAGACGUCCACCGGCAUGACGGUGGCGACCAUGCCCAAGGUGGCGAUGAUGCAGAACAGACCAGCCGCGCCGUCGUCUGCCGCGCAGGCACAGAACAUAGCGCCGGGAGCUACUAUCGUGAAGCUGGUGUCGACGAACACGGUGGGCGGCAACAAGAUCAUCACGCUGCCCUCCAACAUGCUGCAGCUGGGUAAGUCGGGCGUGGGGGGCAAGCAGACCAUCGUGAUCACCAAGUCGGCGAGCCAGGCGGCGCAGUCCAGCCAGCAGCAGUGAGCGCGGCCGGCGCACCGCUGAACUGACGAGUAUCCUCGGAGUGGGCUGAGCUAGCCGCGCUAGAGCGGAGCGGUGCGGCCGUAGCGUCGGCGCUGCCACUGAGUGACUGAUGAGUAUGCAGAGGUGUCUCUAGAUUGUAAAUUUCAAUAUUAAAAACACUGAGUGCGUUUCUCGGACUACAGUAUAUUCUAAAUCAUAUUGAACAUAGUAUAUGAGUCUUUUAUAUGUUAAAUGGGUCUGUGUAGAAAAUGUCCUCAUAGAGUUUUUACUAAAAUAUUUUAUUUACUCUUAUAAAUUAAUUAUAUUAAUGUAUGUGACUAUGCACUAAUUCCUACAUUAGUUCCAAUCUGUGCAGUGAGUGCGGCUCGCAUGAGUUCUCAAUCAGGUUUGAUGCCCGGAUAGGAAUUUACACUUAAGUGCCUGUUGUGCAGUUUUUGUGCUUAGAUGUUGUACCAGACGAGGUGUUUGUGAAGUAGACUUAUUUUUGGAGAUGUCACAUUAAUAAUACACAGAAUAAUUCAUGUUAAUUAUAAGACUUAAGUUUUAAUACUUGUAUUAGAUUAUUUUUGUAUGUUAUUGGAUUUUGUUAUACAACUAUGGUUAGUAAAAUUAUUUUCCAAAAAUUCAUCCUGGGUUUGUGUACAAUAACUUUAUCCAGUAUAUUGGUUUAUCUGAGAGCUACACAAUUUAAUAAAUUUGGAUACAGCAAGUACAAGACAUUAAAUUUUGGUUUGAUGAAAUCUGUCUUCCGCUUUAUUAAGUUUCCAAAGAAUCCUCCCUCAAUAAAAUUAUGAUUGAUUUCGGCCACGUCGUGUGUAUGUAGCGUGCUAGAACAUAUAGAUUUAUAUUAUAUCCCCUGCUCCUAACGGCUGCACACACACUACUGCACGUUGUUCACAAAGUGAACAGGUGAUUGAUGCGGCCAUUAGGAACACGGUGACUUGUUUCUUAGUUUUAGUUAAAUCACAACGUAGUAUGCACUAUUUAAGUUUUAUAUGACCAGCUGUUGAUUUUAAAUGGCAUUUUGUUGACAUGCAGUAAUGGAUCAAUGGUGUAUCUUUAACUACAUUUGAUUCGCAAGUCCCGAGGCUAUUUACAGUAUUUGAGACACCCCAUUGAUCUGAGCGAGACGAAACUGAAUGCCUGUCCGAUGGUGACGCGCUGACUUGUGCCUGGACGUAGUGUGGGGAACUCUCGACGUGUUCACGUCGCCACCUUUAUUUCAACUAUGACAAUUUCAUUGAUAAAUCUAUCAAUAACUGUUCCGAAAAUAAUAAUUAUAGAAUAAAAAUGCAGAAUGUUGUUUUUUGGCGCGAAUACGUUCUUAAUCAAAGGGAUCGGCGUCUAAUCAAGUAAUGUUUGAAAGCAUGGCAUAAAUAUUUUUUAGAUUGUGUUAAAUAUGUAUUUAACUGUUGAUCUCGUGGUAAGAAUGAUGUUCUGCGUUUUUAUAUAUUUUAGUGUAAGUGUCCUAGGUGUACGUACGUAGAAUAAUCAUAAAAUAAUAAGGUAAGCGAGGUAUGGAAUGUAAAUAUCAUUAAGUAGAUAAAUUUAAUGUUAUAGUUUGUUCAUAUUAUGUUCAUUUGCUUGAAUAAACGAUUUGGAUAA